ACUUUAACAGAGGUUUUAAAGAUAAAAACUGAUUUAAUUAAAUGAAAAUUAAAACAAUAGGCAAUUACCGAUCCUUAGAAAGGGAUUUUGGUAACCGUUUUUAAAGGGAGUUUUUCGAACACGUGUAAGCACUUUUUCUCUCUGUUCUUUCUUUCUCGACUUCUCCUUUGGCGAUUGAAACCGGCGUCUCCUCCGGCUUCUAUGAUCUCCUCACGGCGUCUCUUUUUCUCCAUUGAGAAUCACAGAAGAGAUUGAGAUGUCAACACUAGCAAAGAAGAGGCUUAUGAGGGAUUUCAGGAGGUUGCAGCAAGAUCCGCAAGCUCCUCCUGCUGGUAUCAGUGGGGCUCCUCAAGACAACAACAUCUUGCUCUGGAACGCUGUCAUCUUCAGCCCAGAUGAUACGCCUAGGGAUGGAGUUGAACAGAACUUACAGAACCAAUGGAGUCCCAUCUAUGUAUCUCUUUCUUUGUCGACAAAGCCGUUGCUAUCACGUUGGAUACAAAGGUCUGAGUAUUGAACUGUUUUGAGUAACACUCAAAGUCCUAUGACGAAAGUGAAACAUAAUAGAAGUUAAUCGGUGUCAGUUUGAGGUAUGUGUGUGUGUGUGUUAUAUUUUUAACCGUAGAGUGCCAAUCUUCCUUCUAUAACAGGUUGAUAUCAUAUUUGUUGUAUAUAUUUGUUGUAUAUGCAAGUCACGAGUAUUGUCUUAGGAACAUGUUGGUUUUGGUUCUUCUCUUCUUCUCUAUAUAAAGUUGUGAUUCACCAAGCAUUUUAUUCACAAAGUCUCAUUAUCUCCUUCUCACCAAACAAGUUUCAUUCUCUCUUUCUCUCCAAAUAAGUUUUAUUAUCUCCUUCUCACAAAGUAAUCUAAAACACUCUCUUUGAUCACAAAUAUUAUUCACAAAUGUUUUUUUCAAAUUAUUCUUGAUUAUUGUAUUUAUCUUUAUUUUUAUGUUGUUUUUUUAAAUC